AUGAAGGUGACUGUUAAGAAGAUCUACCCUGUAUAUGCAUGGUCUUGGGAUAUAGUGACACGCAAGGGUGAACAGAAGAGUGAUGUUUAUUCGGUACUUGAUAAAUAUAGAAGUGAAAAAGAUGAUGUUUGUGGUAUUUGUAGAGCAAGCUACAAUGGAACAUGUCCUAGUUGCAAGAUUCCAGGUACCAUGUGCCCUCUGAUUGUCGGUUCAUGCAAUCAUAAUUUCCAUUAUCAUUGUAUAUUUAGAUGGCUGAAUACGUUAAAUUCCAAGGGAUUGUGUCCUAUGUGCAGACAAGAAUUCAAAUUAGACAAGAAAUUAGUAAUAAACUCUGAUUAUCUACAAAAAUUUGAGGUCUUAGCUAGGAAAAAUAGGGAAAGAAGGGCUCUGAAUGUUGAUGAAGAAGAUAACGGUAUUGACAAUAUGAUAAUUGACGCGGCCGGGAUUGAGGAUGACAGUAGUAGUGACAAUAGCAACUUCCUUGGGGACUCCCAUGAAAGAAGCGACGUACUGAUGUAUUGA